AUGACAAAAAAGAAAAAUCCUAAACGGAAACUUAGAUCAUUUAUGAACCCAGAUUCGAACUUUAUUAGAUAGGACAUACUAAAGCAAAAAGAAAAAGCAGUAGGAGGGGAUUAAGCUAUGCAAUCGGAAGAAGAAGAUUAAUUCCAGCAUAAGUCUCUUAUUUAAAAGAUCAAAUAUCAAAUAGAAUUUUACCUUGGUGAUUCUAAUCUAGUUAAGGAUAAUUAUUUAAAAGAGAAAUUAAGCAAAGAUCCUUGCUUUGACCUAUCUGGAUUUUUAGAUUUUAAUAGGAUAAAGAAUAUAUUCUCUGAAGCUGAAGCAAACUAAAUGAAGGACGAUGAUUAGAUAUAGGCUUCGAAUGAAGACAGGUUGAAAUUGAUAAGAGAGGCUUUGAAACCAUCAAAAAUGCUUAAACUAUCAAAAGAUGGAUUGAAAGUAAAGAGGAGAAUUCCUUUCAAAAUCAAUUAAGUGGAUGUUUAAUAAAUGGAUGAAAGCAUGAUAUAUGUGGAACGUUUUCCCUCAAAUAUUAAUCAUGAAAAUUUGUGCAAUAUUUUUAAAAGAGCUGGUAAAGUAAGGCAUGUCAGUCUACCAAAAUAUAAAAACAGUGGAAAACAUAAAGGCUUCGCAUUUAUUGAAUACGCUUAAAAGGAAGAUGCUCAAAGAGCUAUAUAGAUGUUUAAUAAUACUAUUCCAGAGGAAUUUGUAAAUCUUAAUCAUCCAAAUUAUAUUCAAAGUGAAAACGACUUAAGAAGCUUAAAUGUUUUAUCUAAAUUGGAAUGGAAUGUAAAGAAAAAGGAAAUUUAAGAAAUCAAGAGAGAACUUUCUUUACUUAUGCCUCAUAAAACUUAUGUUUAAAAGCAGACUCUUGAAGAAGCCUAAGCUCAAGAGGAAAAGAAAAUGAAAGAUUCAGACGAGUCAGUUGUAAUAAUCUAUGAGGAAGGAUCAAUUUUGAAAGUAAAAAAUCUACCUGAUAAUAUCUUAUAAAAAUAUCAACUUGCAGAAUAAGUUAGACACUUUUCUGAACCCACUUAUGUUGAAUUGCGCAAAACUUAAAAAGAAGGGUAUAUUAGAUUUUAGUCAAAGUAAUUAGCAGAUGCCUUUCUCGAAAAAAUAAGUCCAAAGAAUAUAAAAGAGGAAGAGCUUCAGAAUAUAUAGAAUGCAGGCAAUAUCUUUUUAAAAGAAGGAAGGGAUAAAGUUUAAAUUACUUAACUUAAAAGUAAAGAGCUAAAAGACUAUGUGGAAUAGGCGAAAAAGGAGCAAGUUGAGUAUCAUGAAUACUUAAAAAGAGUAAAAAAAUUCAAAAAUCUAAAGAGAAGGUAGAAAAAAGCAGAUAAUAAACAGCAUUAAAAAUAAUAGAAAGAGGCCAAGGUAUAGCCAGACUAGGCUACAGAAAAUUAAAAUAAAAAGAAUUAAAAGAAUGUACAGAAGAAAUCUUGA